CGACGGAACCGGCGGAACGCAUGUGCACCCCCCUGUGACUCUACUCUGCUCGGCUGGUUUGGUGUUGGUUCGUGCGGCACUUAUUUUAUCCGCGUAUUAAUUUCACGUUCGGUGCGACAAAAGAACGCGCCCGGUUUGUGUGUGCGUGCGUUCUAUCCGCGGUCCAUACCCGGACACAUUGUCUCUCGUGGGGUUGCAAAAAUGUGAAGGUGUUGUAUUUGAAGCUGUGUGUUUUUGCGCGUUCCGUGAACCCGUUUGUUACGUCGUGACACAUUCCGAAGUUCCGAUUAAUUGCCUUUACGUAACGGCGCCUGGAACCACGAACCGUUCUUUCGGCUUUUCUCACGAGCCCGCGGGGGGAGAAGCGCUACGAAAAAUCGAUCCGAAAGAGGGUUCAAAGGUUGGACUCCGAGAAAAGUGACAGAUGCGCCGGGAGCGACCCAGCGGCGUUGCAGGGCAGGGAAGAACGUCAUCGUCGGCCCAAUAAUCGAUGGUCGACGGAUGGUCAUUAGCUGAAGCGAGCAAACAGAAAGCAAUACGCUGUAGACUCUUGAUGAAGCUAAGACCGGAGGCCGAACGGUGCGUGUAGCCGGAACCAGUAACUAGCUGUGCAGUACACCAUCCGGAAACGAACGAUCCGUAGUUGGCCCACGAAUCAGGUGCCCCCGAAGCUUCCUGAGGCAGAACCAAUCUGUCUGUGGGGAGCGUGGCGAAGCUGCGUGUUGUGGAUGCUAAACGAGCAGUUGGGCAGCCUCUACUGCUAAGUGGCCCGACAACGACAACGGAAACGCAAAUCUUCGUGAUAACGAACCGCGGCGACGGCGACGAUUUCAGCACCCGUUUGCUGCUAUCCAAACAAUCAAACAACGACGAGAGGACUCUCCGCGGAUGAUGGCGCUACUCAUGGAAGGAAUAAUUAAUGCGACGAUGAGCGUCUUCCUCAGCAGUCUCACGCUGCAGGUGCUGGUGGCGCUCGUGAUCGGAAGCAUGCUGUCCACCGCCGUCAAGUAUCGUGUAAAAAUGUUCAUUAUUUUGCUAAUGUCCUUUUUGGUGCUGGUUGUGCCGAUUCCGUUGUUUCUCUUCAAGCCUCGUUGGCCACUGAAUGCACUCGUUCCAGGAAUCGUGGCGUGUCUGUUUAUCCGUGCGUUUGGCGUCGAGUAUGAAAUCCGCGGACAGGAGAACAUAAACGUACGCAACGGUGGGGUCGUUCUGCUCAAUCAUCAAAGCGCAAUCGAUAUAGUGAUGUUGUCACGCUUGUUGCGUGAGUUCCGUAACAUAGUGCCUGUGGUGAAGAAAGAGCUGUUCUACGUGCUGCCGUUCGGAAUCGCCUCCUACCUCGUGGGAGUGGUGUUUAUCGAUCGUCAAAACUUGGCCUCCGCGAAGGACGUAAUGAAACGGGAGACGGUCGCCAUCACCAAAGACCACCUCAAGCUGGCCAUUUUCCCGGAAGGAACGCGGCACGACAGCGACACCCUUUUGCCGUUCAAGAAGGGCGCGUUCCAUGUGGCCGUCGACGCCCAGUCCAUCAUCCAGCCGGUGGUCGUGUCGAAGUAUCACUUUCUCGACCACAAACGGAAACGCUUCGGACGGGGCCGCGUGAUAAUAAACAUUUUGCCGGAAAUUCCGACCAAGGGUAUGGCCAAGGCGGACGUCAAUGCGCUCACGGAGCGGUGCCAGAAGCUGAUGCAGUCGGAAUUCGAUGCACUGAGUGCAGAGGCCAAACAGUACUGCCAUACAUGAAGCCGCUCCGUACGAAUGGAACAAACCAACAAUAUACAAAAACUCCAGAACCAGGCAAAGCAAUACAACUACGAUACAGACUAAGUAAUCUAAGAUCACAUGUUGCGGGGGACCAGACGUAGAACCGAGCACUCUACAUGCCACAUGUAACAAACCGCAUGUAACAAACAUGUAACAGACAACCGGAAGAGCUGAGCACGACUCAAGGUCUAGAGUGGAUGGGAAGAACUCCACAAUCUGUGAUUAAUUGGUGACCAUAUAUGCACUAUCCGCACCCUCGCCACGAGCAGCGUGAAUACGUCCGUCUUUCCGCGCAACGCACACGACUAAACCGUGCGUCGAAAGGAUAAUUAACCGAUACGAUGAGGUAAUGCUCACGAAAGCCAGCCUAGGGCCCGACCCGAUGAAGACAUUCGCACCGGUACCUGAGUACUUUCACUGUACGAAAAGCGAUGUCAAUUGAAACCAUCUCAAAGAUGAUCCGGACGGGCUUUGAAAAUUGGAACUACACCUUGAGACCUUAAUAAGACUUUGCACCAAGCGAGUACUCAUUCGGUUGUUCAUGUCGCGAAAGUUAAACAUUUAGGAUGUUGAGAAACACAAAAACAACGGUACCAGAAAGGGUGCGGGGCGGUGCCCUUCGCUCUGCUGGUAAAGCAGUAGAGUACUACCUAGUAGAACCGAGUCACUUUAGUUACACUAUCGGUUUCGUCGAAUCAAGUAAACAAAGCAUUAGUGAUCGUGUGCCACAAAAUAUUGUAACAACUUAACGGAAAACAAAUAUUGCUGUGUAGUGCGAGUUUAUCGGUGAAAA